AUGUGUGUGGUGUUCGCUGCCUGUGUGGUGCUGGUUUCCCUGUUUGCGGGGCUGCUGGCAGUCGCUGCCUGGCUGUGGGCCAACCGCCGUCGGACGGCUAUCCCAGGACCUCCAACACUGCCGCUUGCGGGAAAUGGAUUCAGCUUCUACAAAGUGCCCGUGUUGUGGGACCGCCUCUGGGCGAUGCACAGUCGCUACGGGGACAUCUUCAGGUUCUACAUAGGCUCGAGGCUGGUGAUCGUGCUGACGCAGCCAGAAGACAUCCAGAGUGUGCUGCUGGGCAGCACACCACGAGAAAAUAUGCCACGUGAACGUGAACCUUUGGUCACAUACACCUUCCGUACAUUUCUAGGAGACGGGCUAAUCGGCGUCCAAGGUGAAAGAUGGAAAAGGCACCGAAAGCACAUCGAACGAGUAUUUCAUACAGAAGAGCUGAAGAAAUUCGUGGACAAAUUCAACGACGCUGGACGCUUCUUGUGCGAGCAACUAGCAGAAAGCAAAGGAGCAGAAGUCGAAGUGUCCCACUCACUCGUUCACACUACAUUCCGCUCGGCUAUAGCCACUAUUUUCGACCUCGACCUGAACUGGAUCUUUCCAGAUCAGCACCGGCAGUCUGAAGUGAUUGAUCUGUGGAUUGAUUUCGGAGAAGCUUUAUCGGAAAUUUUAUAUCGUCCAAUGACCAUAUUCAGCUGGACCAGGUGGAUGACUAAAGAAGGUCGGAUAUUGACAAAAUUCAAAACUGUUGUCAGAUACAUAACUGACCGUGUAUUCGCCUUAGGCAGGAAAAGACUUGAUAGUUCAAAGGCCAGUGAAAGAUCGCUCUUGACUUGGAUUCUUAAAGAAAAGAAUUCAGGAACGAUAUUUACUGACAAGGAACUUCAUGAUGAAGCAGCGACAAUGGCGACGGUUGGCGUCGAGACCAUUACCAGCACUAUGGGCUACUCACUGACUCUGCUCGGACUCCACCCAGAGUGGCAAGAACUGGCGCAGCGUGAGCUGGACGACUGCUUCGGAACUGGGGGCGACUACUUACGACACGUCACCAUGGCAGAUCUUGCACAGCUUAAAGUCAUCGAUGCCAUUCUGAAGGAGACUGGGCGACUUUUCACGACGGUGCCCUGCAUGCUGUACGUGGCGGCCGAAGAUGUGCCGCUGGCUGGUGGCCGGUACAUCGCAGCCCGAGGCACCACGUUGCUGAUCGCCUACUACCUCAUGCACCGUCACCCCGACCUCUUCCCGGAGCCGGACAAGUUCGACCCCGGCCGGUUCCUGGAGGGCGGCAGCGCCGAGUCCAGGAAAGCUUAUAGCUACGUUCCAUUCGGUAUCGGUUCGCGCAAGUGCGUGGGGGAGCGGUACGCAGUUUUGCAGAUGAAGGUCGUCCUAGCGACGGUUCUGCGCCGCUACCGUAUACUGCCUGGAACGAGCAGGGAGGAGCUGGAAGACAGUGUGGUUUCAAUGGUAUCACAGCCAGUCACUGGGUUUCGAGUUACUUUCAUCCCACGAGAUAACAUUCCUUCCAGUUCUGUCUGA